UUUUGGCUAAGAAAUAUGAGAGUUGUUGGAGUCUUAUCAGUGUUAGCAUUUUUUUCUAGUGUAUUAGCAGAGUCAGAGAGGGAACCUAGUUUGCUUCCUAGAUGGUUUGGUUGGGGUAGUGGAGGAUCAGAUAGUACGCCAAAUGUUGAUUCAAAAGAACUGGGAAAUAAACUACCGGAUACUAAGAAUUUUGAAGAUACUAAAGGUGGUCUUAAAGAUAUAAAGGGGGGUGUCAAGGAAAAAGAUAUAAAGGGGAAUCUUAAAGACAAAGAUAUAAAGGGGAGUGUCAAAGAAAACGGACACUUAGAGUCAGUUGUUAUAAAAUUAAAAGAUGGCACAACCAAAACAACAUCAGGGAAAUUAUUGACGACCACAACAGUUGUAGCAUCAUAUACUACCUCAAUCUCAGGGCCAACUACUUUGAAUGAAAAUGGAGUUAAAUAUAUGGUGGUUGGGCCGACUGUUCUUACAAUUACAGAUUGCCCAUGCACGCGAACUUUGACAUUUAUGACAUCAACAGUUACGAAAUGUGUUUGUACAACAGAGGUUACGAGUUUUGAUGUUUUACCUACAGAUGAUAUGCCUUUUGUAAAUUUUGCUACCAAAUCGAGUAUUGCAGGAUUUGGAAUGGCCUUUAUUGCAUUUUUCUUGGUCUUUUUAACUAUGACGCUGUUUUAAGGCCAUGUAUUUUUGGG